GUAAGACCUCAAAAAAAAAAUUAUGUGAGAUGAGGGAGGGAAAGAAAUUUUCAACAGUUAAAAAUAUAAUUAUCUGUUUUGAAUAGAAGAUUUCUAAGAAAGUAACGACUAUCUUAACAAACAUGGCUGGAUUGGACUAUCUUCUUUUCGAAGAAGCUACUGGUUAUGGUAUCUUUAAGGUUUUAAUUCAACAAGAUGAUAUUGCCUCAAGACUGAAAGAAGUUCAAGAAGCUUCCAAUGAUUUAAGUAAAUUUUCUAAAAUGGUUGAAUUAGUUUCUUUUGCUCCAUUCAAAGGUGCUGCUCAAGCUUUAGAAAAUGCUAAUGAUAUUUCAGAAGGUCUUGUUUCUGAUUACUUGAAAUCAAUCUUAGAAAUCAAUUUACCAAAGGGUUCCGAAAAGAAUAAAAUUUCUCUUGGUGUUUCUGAUAGAAAUUUAGGUCCUUCUGUUAAAGAAAUCUUUCCAUAUGUUGAUUGUAUAUCUAAUGAAAUUGCUCAAGAUUUCCUUAGAGGUAUCAGAGUUCAUGGAGCUAAAUUAUUCAAAGAUUUACAAGAAGGUGAUAUUGAAAGAGCUCAAUUAGGUUUAGGUCAUGCUUUCUCAAGAGCCAAAGUUAAGUUUUCAGUUCAAAAGAAUGAUAAUCAUAUUAUUCAAGCCAUUGCUUUAUUAGAUCAAUUAGAUAAAGAUAUCAAUACAUUCUCCAUGAGAGUUAAAGAAUGGUACGGAUGGCAUUUCCCUGAAUUAGCUAAAAUUGUCCCAGAUAAUUAUACAUAUGCUAAAUUAUCCUUAUUCAUUAAAGAUAAAGCUUCAUUAAGUGAUGAAUCCUUACAUGAUGUUGCUGCUUUAGUUAAUGAUGAUUCAGGUCUUGCUCAAAGAAUUAUUGAUAAUGCUAGAAUCUCUAUGGGUCAAGAUAUUAGUGAACAAGAUAUGGAAAAUGUUUCAACUUUUGCUGAAAGAGUGGUUAACAUUUCUGAUUACAGAACUAAAUUAUAUAAAUAUUUAACUGAUAAGAUGCAUACCGUGGCUCCAAAUUUAUCUACUUUAAUUGGUGAAGUUGUUGGUGCUAGAUUAAUAUCUCAUGCUGGUUCUUUAACUAAUUUAUCUAAACAAGCUGCUUCAACCGUUCAAAUUUUAGGUGCUGAAAAAGCUUUAUUCAGAGCUUUAAAAACUAAAGGUAAUACUCCAAAAUAUGGUUUGAUCUAUCAUUCUUCAUUCAUUGGUAAAGCUUCUGCUAAAAAUAAGGGUAGAAUCUCAAGAUAUUUGGCCAAUAAAUGUUCUAUUGCUUCAAGAAUUGAUAAUUAUUCUGAUGAACCUUCAACUGCUUUCGGUGAAAUAUUAAAGCAACAAGUUGAAGAAAGAUUAAACUUUUAUGAUACUGGUGCUGCUCCAAUGAAAAAUUCCGAUGCUGUUAAAGCUGCUUUAGCUUUAGGUGGUACAAGUGAUAUCGUUGAUGUUACUCCAGUAGCAACUGAAGAAAAAUCAGAAAAGAAAGAAAAGAAGGAAAAGAAAGAUAAAAAGGAAAAGAAGGAAAAGAAAGAAAAGAAAGAUAAGAAAGAAAAGAAGAGAAAAGCCGAUGAUGAAGAAUCUCCAAAGAAAAAGAAGAAGAAGUCAAAGGAUUAAACUUUUUGAUAUUCAAAACAUCAUUCAGCAUUUAUUUCUCAAACCAUCCCGUUGUUUUAUUCUUGGUUUGUGAUCAAUACCAAUAUGUCAUAAACCUUUUUUGUAAAGUAUAGCCAUUUUUUAUAUUGCAUGUUAAUAUAGUUUUAGAUACGAAAAUUUGAUAAU